AUGCCGCUCCUUUUCCCCCACGUGGCACAUGCCCACAGAGAUUCUGCUUCUCUCGCGUCCCGAGAAUCCGAAAGCCAUGCCAAAAUUGCUCUCAUGCAACCGUCGCAGAUUGCGAGAGAUGGCACUGAUCUGGCUCUCAUCCUAACAUGCGCUCUGAUUCUUUACUCGCUGUUUGCAGGCGUGCUACAGCGCGGACUACUGCGCAAACUGUACGGCGGCGCUUACGAUGGCCUAGAGGAUACUGCCUCCUCGAAAGGCAAUGAGCGCCAGCGCAUCUCCUUCACUUAUCACCAUGUCGCCUCUAUCAGCUUCGGAAUAAUAUUGCUGAUCGGCGCGUACCCGGCCAUCUCCUUCACGUGUGGCAGCGGCACCUUGCCGACUCCGCUCAACGGUACCAGCGGAAUCACGAUAGGUGACAUACUGUCAAUUUUGGUCCAGGUGUACUGCGGUUACUACCUGUUCGAGGUCACAUUCCGGUCUAGGUACAUCAGCUUUGUCGCAUUGGCUCAUCACAUCGGAUUGCUGAUCAUCGCUCAAACCGCCGCGGUCCUCGGUUCCCGCGCCUCGAAAAGUGCAGAGGCAACUAAAGAAUUCUACUUGUGUGUUGUCUGGGGCGCAUUCGAUAUCGUGACGGAGUUUCCAUUGCAUAUUGUUUUGAUCAUCUGGAGAAUAAAGCGCAGAAACAGUAGACUUUGCUACAAGAUAGCAUGUGGAUGUACUGCUUGGGUUCUGGCCAUGGCCUUCACCGAAACCAUCAUCACGGCCUGGCUUCUGGCGCAGUCAUGGGCAGGUUGGCAACUGCAGUGGCAGAUCAUAACACCCACGAUCUUUACGCUUUGGAUCUGCACACAACUGUACGGAGCCGCGAUAUUCUUGAGGAUGGCGCGGCAGCAACGGACAUUACAAUAA